AUGCCGACGACAUCAUCUGCCCCGGUGUACGUCCCUAGUGCGAGUAGAAAGCUUCGAAAAGCCGGCGACACCCCGUACAUGUCCAUCCACAGCUUAACCCGGCGCAGAUUCCCAGUGCGAGUGAGAAGCAUGGGGCGCCUCAGUCACACUAUUCCACCACGGCCCACCGUCCACGGGGUGUACCAAGGGUGCGAACCAAGGCCGUGCCCACGUUUCUUGCUUCCCGUUACCCAAAGCCGUCUCCAGCAAUGGGCCGACCACGUCUUGCUGUCGGGACCCUUUGGAGACUGCCGCGCCGGCACAGUGCUUCCGGUCCACGUACAACUAACCAACCCCCGUAACGGCACUACCUCCUCGCUGCAGGCAAUCCCAGAAGCCUUCCGGGGAAGGACGCCUGCCUUUCCGGCUGGCAAAGUUUUUUGUGCCACGCUGGCUCGCAUCGCGAGAUUGGGCCUUGUCUUGUGCGCCUCUAUGCGGGUGGCGCGCCGAGCCGCCGAUCGGACUCUUCCUUCACCGCGAUCAGUGGAAAACUCGUCAAAGGGGAGAUCUGUCGAUUAUACAUGGGUGUUGCGAGGAAAGGCGUUCCGUGUAGUGACGGUGCUUAGGGCGACAGGUUGAAGAGUUUUUCGUGUGUGCGCGCCUGUUAGGGCUACAGGCGGAAGUCCCGCGCAAACGUUAACAGCAUGGUCCGUGCGCCCAUACUGAAAAUUUUGUGUACGGGAGAGAGUUGUUGGGCCGUUAAAAGAAGCUUAUCGACGUCAACUUGGAUUUGUUAGCCAAUUUUGCUGUUCAACAGUUAUUGGAAAACGAAAUUUCC